GAUUAACUAAUGAAAAUAUUCAAAAAUAUUAAUUAGGUAUGAAAUAAAAGAAUACUGCAAUAGUGUAUUCUUCAAAUUACUUUUUAUAUAUCAUAAUGUGGCCAUAAAAUGAUUUUUUUUUUUUACAGAAAAAAUAAUAAAAUCAUAUGGAGAUGGAAAUGUAUACCAAUAUGCGAUGAAAUCGUUCAAUAUGCUUUUAUUUGACGAUAUAAAUGAAAUCAAAGAACAUGAAAAAAUGUUAAACAUACGACCUGUUAGAUCAUACGAUGUAGCUAUUAAGGAAUUACCAGAAACCAAUAACAUUUCUAAAGUUGAAGAUUACAUAAAUGCUAUUGAAAAAACAGCAAUUUCAGAGAAAUUACCAUCUUUUAGAAGAUUCUAUUGGAUCGUGAAAUAUGACAUAACAGAUAGAGCACAAGAUUAUUGGUAUCAUCAUAUAGUAAAAUUGAAAACAAAUUCAGAAGAUUUAAAGACAAUAUCAAGAUGGUGCAAGAUACCAGAGAACUAUAAUAAGGGAUGAAUACUAAAACCAAAUUCAGAGCUGAGCGAGGGGUAGAAGAGAAACUUUUAGUAUUAAUAAUUAAAUCAAGAACUAACUUGAAUGAUUCCAUUUCAAAUAUUUUUAGUUAUUUUUAAGUUAUUUAUUUAUUAUAUUAAAAAAAGAAAAUGAUAUUUAAAAUAUAAUGUAUAUGGCAUAUAGAUUUAUGGAUUUUCAAAUAUGUACUUGGAUAAUUAUAAUUUAUAACAAAAUUUAUAUUUUAUAAGCUUAUAGGUAAAUAAAUAUAUAUAUAUUACAUUAAAAAUCUUUAAAAAUGUA